AUGGGCUGCCAUCUUGUUCCUUACUUUCACAUUGCACUUCACCAGCUAGAGUCACUCAAGCGUAAUGGGCCGGCAUAUGCAGCAUGGUGCUUUGCAUCGGAGCGCCAUAAUGGGGUCCUCAGCAGGAUAAAGCAUAAUGGUCAUUCAGGCGGAGAGCUCGAAGGCACUUUGGCACGAGGAUGGAUGAGAAUGCAGUUGAUUCAUGACAUGGCAGGUUUAUGUUUUUCAUUUUUGGGUUCCGACAAUUAUUCCUAA